CUUGCCCGCUUAGAUAGGAAUUUGGAGAAAAAAAAUUGUAUGAUGAUAAGAUGCAUUGAAUGUAAUGCAAACUGUAUAUGGGGCAUUUUUCACCUUGUUUUUAGUUUUAAGCUGAGUUUACUGAGAAAAAACUGAGAAAUUACAGUUUUAAGUUCGUCAGACUAUUCAUUUUUGAAGUGUGAAGGCCAGUAAAAACAAUUCAGAAUAACAACAUUUUAGGGAACAAGUCUGAUUUGUAUAGGUGAUCUGAAAAUGAAGUUAGAUUUCGGUUCACCUUUGUGGUGGAUACUUAAGGAACAACUCCCAGUUCCAAUGACACUCGUACAAAGGACUCUGUUGUGUGCAGGUAACGUACUCUCUCUUCUUGCUGUGGAAAUAUGGGAACAGCUGACUCCACCUUUGACACAAGCACAGAAAAUGACUCUGGCUACGACUACGAGUCCUCCAGCUACGACUACGAGUCCUCCAGCUACCGCUACGACUCCUUCAGUUACGACAACGACUCUUCCGGCGGUGAUCAAAUGUGCGACAAAACCAGCGUCAUAAAAUUCGGGGCGACGUUCACCGUGGUGCUCUUCUCCGUCGUGGUCAUCCUCAGUCUGUUCGGAAACGUCAUGGUCAUCGUGGUUCUGGCCAAGUACGAGAAUCUCAAAGCCCUCACCAACGCCUUCAUCCUGAACCUGGCCGUGUCGGACCUCUUCUUCACCGCCGCUCUGCCCUUCUGGGCCUACAACCACGUGCACGAGUGGACUUUGGGGGAGCACGCGUGCAAAAUGGCCACCUUUGUCUUCUACGUUGGCUUCUACAGCAGCGGCAUCUUCCUCAUCCUGAUGACGGCUCACCGCUACGUAGCCGUCAUGAGCCCUCUGUCCAACGUGGUGUCCACCACAGGCUCCGUCAGCGUCGCGGCGUGCGUGAUCACGUGGGCCGUGAGCACGUUGGGGGCCGGCUCGUCCUUCGUCGCCACCAAAGUGGACCAGGAGCGUUGCGUCUUGGCGAGCUCUUACUGGAAGUUGUGGGUGAUCUACCAGCAAAACGUCCUCUUCCUAUUGAGUUCAGUGGUGUUCAUUUUCUGCUACUCUCAAAUCAUGUGCAGGCUGCUGCGUCCCACUGCACAGAGAAGGAAGAACAAAACGUUGAAACUCAUUUUCGCGCUCACGGUAGUUUUCUUCGUGGGCUGGGCACCUUACAACGCGGUGAUAUUUCUGCAGUCGUUGAACAUGAGGCCCCAACAAGAGGUCGAUUCAAGCGUUUUGGUCGAAAUGUGCGAGGCGUCACGGCGACUCGAUUACGCCUUUUACGUCAGCCGACUUCUCGCCUUUUCCCACUGCUGCCUGAACCCUGUGUUUUACGUGUUUGUGGGGGUCAAAUUCAAAAGCCACCUGAAGAAAAUGCUGAAAGGAUGGGGUCGCAGGAACAGCGGCUUCCGCAAUAGGCAAAGCCGGCUCACGAUCACAUCGCUAACAAGUGGCGAAGAGGUGGCGAUGUAGCCACACCGGGUUCUAAGAGAGUCGUGUCUGGCAAAAUGAAUGCAUAGAUUAUGUUGGUCAAUAAUAAUAAGAGAUAGAAACUCCCACAGAGCAAAUCAUGUCUGACCGUUACGUCAGACAACCUUUUCUUGAUAGUUUCUAAAUAACAAGGACAUUUACUUUCAAAUAUUGUCAAAAAAUGUUUUGCAAAGGUGGAUGAUAAAACGGCGAGGAUGCCGUUGGCGUUUAACUCAAAGUGUGACAGAGCAUUAGCGCGGCUGUCGGUAUGAUUCCCUCGAUAGGCCGAGCCUGCAUGGUCGGUCAAACUGCGACGAGUUCCUUAAUAGCUGACAUAAACUCUGCAGCCUCUUCAUUAGCUGCAGCUGUACACCUGCUUGUUAAUCAAAUGAAAUAUGAAAUCAUUCGAUCAUGAAGGCAUGAAAGCGCGCCGACGUGGUCGGGGUGCUCGGUGGUUGAGACCUCAGAAUGAGGAAGAGAUGUGAUCCAUGUGACUUUCUGUGACAAAAGCUUCACGUGCUGUUCAGCAUUUCGUCCACAGUCCAACCUGCAGUUUCCAAUCACGCUGUUAUAAGAGAACAAUGAUCCGGGUUUCUUUCUAUUCUUGCCCUGUAUUGUAUAUGUAUGUUGUUUUGAAUGCAAGCAGAUACAUUGGUAAUAUAUUACAAUAGAGAAAAUAAAUGUAUAAAUUUAAAUCUAUGCUUUACAAUAAAACUAUGAAUAAAACUAACAAUAAAACCCUUUAUUGCCGUGUAGGUAAUGUUGUGCAAGCAGCAGCAUGCCACCCGUUUUUCAAAUGCAAAUGCUGCUUGCUCUCGAAUUGUGAAAUAAUAAAAAAUAAAUAAAUGGCUGUGAAACAAAAAUACGUUUUUGAGAUAAAGAGUGGUUACAGUUGCUAAGCUGAGGUUGGAAAACCACUAAUUUAGGGAAAGGAUUGAACAAAUAUUCACUCAACAGAAUAAGAGUUACAGAGAGGACUAAAAUAUAAUAAAUACUGAUUGGGAGUGAAAAGCUCUUACAGAAAUAAACAAACUGGUCAUUAGUGGAAAAACAAGAAAGAAAGCAACCACAGAGAUGUGGUAUUCUAAUAUUUAGGAGAGAGGAGUGUAGCGCGCAGAGCCGAGUGGCUGCAGACGGUCACAGCGCAGAGACUUGAAAGAGGAAGCAUUAAAAAAUUGUUUGACUAAAGUUCAUUCACUAUUACGAAACGUAACAAUUUGUUUUCGAGUGUAAUCAAAUCAGCACUUCAGAUAACUGUCGUUGGGAGGAUUUCGCUCCACAGAAUGAAUCAACCCACAAGAUGAUAAUAAAUGUGAUUUGCUUGAAAUUAAUUGUAGUCUCACGCUUCGACGUUAAUGUGAUGAUUGUUGAUCACAUGGGGAAGUACAGGAUGAACUACACAUUUGUGAUAACAUCAUUAUUAUUUAAUCAAAGUGGGAUUGGCGCUCUUGUAAAUCACAGACAAACACUCACAGACAUGAAGCAUUUGUAUGUUUUGAUUAUUAUCUAUUUGUGAAUCAAGCAUGCAUUUGGAAAAUUGAUCUUUUACACACAAGUUGCUUAAUGUUUCUUAUUAAUUUAUGUAAAUAUCUGUAUUUUUGCGAAAGAUUAGGUCAAUAAAUCAAUUAACCUCUAUUAAC